AAAUUAACAUCAUUUAGGCGACGGCUAGCGGCGACCACAAAAACGUGCUUGAAGAUGGCGGCGUCGUUGAGAAAACAGACCGAAGGUGAUGUACAAGUCACGGCUGAGGACCAGGAAAUGAUCAACAAUUUUGCCAGACAAAAUGCCAGACUUGAAGAUGCAACAGAAGAGAUGAAACAUCUAGAGAAGGAGUUGCGCAACUUAGAAGACGCUGCAGAUGAAAUUAUGAUGGCUGAAGAUGAUAUCCACAUACCGUACCAGCUGGGAGAUGUAUUUGUCAGCCUGGACUCUGAGGAGGCUCAGCAUAUGAUUGAACGAGCAAAGGAGCAGAACAAAGCACGGAACAAAGUUCUUGAAGAGGAGACUCGCAUCAUUAAGGGCAUCAUGGCCGAGCUGAAGUCGCAGCUGUACAACAAGUUCGGAAACAACAUCAACCUGGAACCUGAUGACAGCUAGCCCACCUUGCCAUAUGUAUGCAUUCCCACAUCUAACUUAACAAGCUUCUUUUUUUAUCAAUUUGUCCUUUGUAGUGUUGCUCUUAAACUGCUUGAAAGUUCUGCGCCUUCCGAGUUCAGCCUACGGGACGUGAAGAGAUGUGCUGCUUUGAAUAAAACACAAAUGUGUGCCGAUUACCAACAUUACGCGGAAGACUGCACUGUUGCAGUCCAUGAAUAUGGUAACAAAUACAAUAAACAAUGUCUGCAAUGUU